AUGUUGCAAUAUGUCACUGUCUUUGACCCGAGUCAGAGCGAUGGCGAGGAUGAGGUCCACAAGCAGCUGCUGUUGUACCAUUCGUUUGAAGAUCUGGAGAUCACAUUGAAUGAGAAGCUAGGAAGGAUUGGAAUGAUACAGGGGAUCUGGUCUCUUACCGACUCAUUUGGUGGCAUGGGAGAAAGGCAGGAAAAAGUGGUUGAGCUGCAUAAGGAAGUUAUACUGAUCAUAAAGGUGGAAUGCCGGUUCUUUAUCAGUCUUUGCGUCUCUACGGAGGAAGGCAGAAUGAGCCCGGCGAUCCCUCAUGAGCUCUAUGUGUCGCAGCUGUGGUACUGCUACCAGAUAUUUGUGCUACACUACGGGCCGUUCUCUCGAUUCGAAGAUAUGGGCGAGUUGACAGAUCUACUGAAUGAGCAGAUCGUCCCGUUCUGGCAUCACAUACAGUUGAAGCCGGAGACUAUUGUACGACGAGGGAUCGCUGGAUUGUGGCCCGAUGGGUGUAAGGUUUCGCAACUUGAGUUUGACAGCAGUGGAGAAUCGUGGGAGUCUUUGAUUAAUCAGAACAUCUUGCUUGCGCCGGAAAACUAUAUGGCGGUAAAGGACGUCUUGGUGUACCAUCUUCCAAGCUAUAACGACCAAAACGCGCAGUUCGCAGGCCGAAGGCUGGGAUACAAGACUUACGGCCUGGUAAGACACUUUUCUGACGACAUCAGCAUUGUUACGCAGCUAUCCAACUGGAUCUAUCAUCUGCAUGCAGUCCAUGGGGACCUCUCGAGCCACGUUUUGGCAGGGAAUGCUCAUUAUGAAGAAGCGCCAUCGGGCAGCGACGGAGUCGAGAAUGCGGCCGACAACUCGACAGAGCUUAGCUCUGCCGCGCCAAGUAACCUACAGGCACAGGGGAGGGCACUUCUCCAUAAUUUAAUGCUGCCGCUAUCAUUUGCUUAUGACGCGGUACAUGAGGUGGGAAGCACGACAGGAAUCUCCAAAAGUAUGUCGCUAAUUAUGGACUAUGUCCCUAGAUGGGACCACAACGCCUCGCGGGAGCGUGAAAAUGACCGCCAGAGGUCUCGGUGCGGCUACCUCAUCUCUCCUCUCUGCUCCGGGAUGCUGCCGAUGAGCUACAGAGUGAAGAAGGUGGUGUACGAAUCGAGUGAUGGUCACUUGAGAAGUUUUAAUUUGCUCUUUUGGUUUUAUGAUGACGUGCUUGUCGUUACAGUCUGCGAGCCUGAGUUCGCCAAGAUUUGGGAUUCGCAGUACUUAGAGGACCUGAGUUAUAAGUUCCGCGAGAGUAUAACUCGAUUUUACGAGACAGCCUUUCAACACGCUGAAUCGAAGGCGAAAGGUCCAUCAAAGCGGGAAUCGUUCGCAUACACUACUUAUAGCAAGAUCACAAAAGAGAUUAAAUGCUCGGUUCCAGCUUGGUUCGAUUCAAAGAGCGACAAUCGCGGCUCAAAUCCAAUGAAGCUAGUGGUCGAUGGCGUUGAUCAUCUUUUUGGGUUAAACUCCCAAGAUGCAUCUGAGCUUCAGGACGCUAACCGCAAUCCGUGGGGUCUCGACAUCAUGGGCAGUCUUCUGGGUUUCAGAAACGACAAAACUAAUCAGAAUGUGGCUGAGGAACAAUAUCCGCACUUCGACAGAAGAUAUGAGAAUUUCUUGGAUGGUAUGACCCAGGAAAAGCUAUGGGGGCUACAAGUACAAACAAUACAAUUCCUGACAAGCAUAAAAAACUCGAACAGAGCGUGCGGUCUUGUCGAAGAACGGCUAUCAAAAUUAAACAACGGAUUGCUAUGUUAUAUAAAGCAGGACGAUGAGAGUGUUUCCGUGGUGAUCAGGAACUGGUUCGAGCACAGGGAAGAUUUCGAGAGCCACAAGCGGCUAAGCGACUUUGGUAAGGUUCUAGGUUAA